AUGGCGGAUCUUGAGAAUUUGAUGGAGUACAGUGAAAUCGUUAGCAAGAUGUUCGCUGACGGAGAUGAAGGAUAUCAGUUUUAUAACGCAUACGCUCUUGGCAAAGGGUUUAGUGUGAGGAAAAGCUAUGUUGAGUGGAAUAGUGGCCACACUGAGAUCACCCUUCGGCGGUAUGUUUGCAGUCGUCAAGGUUACCGUGAAGAGAAGUAUGUGAAGAAAGAGAUUAAGAAGCGGAGGCCACGGAAUAUAACUCGUGUUGGAUGCCCUGCAAAAUUGGUGAUUGCACUAGAUCGAAACAUCGGGCAGUGGUAUGUGAAGAAUUUCAUCGAUGAACAUAAUCAUCUGCUGGCUCCACCCGACCUUGGUUGUCUGCUGCGCUCACAUCGAUCAAUCAGCGAUGCGCAGAAAGCUAAAAUUGUCGAGUUGUGGGUUGCUGGGAUUCGCAAACACCAGAUAUUUGAAAUUAUGGAGAUGCAGUAUGGUGGGUAUGACAAGGUUGGCUAUACAUCAAGGGACUUGUAUAAUUUCUGCCAUCUCUAUAAGCAGGAGAUAAUUGCUGCUGGUGAUGCUCAAACAAUAAUCAGUCACCUGAUGGAACAUCAAAAUAGAGAUUCUAAUUUCUUUUUCAAGUACAUGACUGAUGGGGAAGGACACCUGCAGGGACUGUUCUGGUGUGAUACUCAAUGUCUGCUUGAUUAUGAAGCAUUUGGUGAUGUUGUUGUAUUUGAUAGCACCUACAAAACAAAUCGGUACAACCUGCCCCUUGUUCCUUUUGUUGGAGCGAAUCACUAUUACCGCACAGUUAUUUUCGGAUGUGGAAUUAUUUCUCACGAGAAUAUCGAGUCAUAUGUGUGGCUGCUGAAAAUAUUUACUGAAGCUAAUGUUCAGAAGCAUCCUAUUUCCGUGAUCACUGAUGGAGACCUCGCUAUGCAGAAAGCAAUCAGUGUGGUGUGGCCGAAUUCAACGCAUAGGCUUUGCGGAUGGCAUAUUGAGCAGAACCUUGUGUACAAUAUUCACGAUGAUACAGUGAAGGCUGAGUUCAGGAUUUUUAUGUAUGACCUUUGCUUCAUAGAAGAGAUUGAGAGGAAAUGGCAAAUAUUUUUCGAAAAAUAUGAUGUCAUAGAGGACUAG